AUGCCUGAAGACACCCAAAAGCCCACGGACUACCUGACCAUGGAUCCAAAGACACAGGGCGAGUUCAUCUUCGCCCAUAGCUCUGCCGUCGAGCGGACGGAAUACGCCAGUCGUCUUCUGAAACACAGCUCAAGGACAUUUAAAGAUCCCCUGGCGUUUGCCUGGUAUCUCCAAAUACCCGCAACGUCUCUGGUUUGCACCGAUGAUCCUGUCAUUCCUCCUCAGCUCCAGCGGGAAAUGGUUGAUAAAGCUAGAGAGAAGGGAGCCAAUGUUGUGAUUAAAGAGAUCCAUUCGGACCAUGUACCAAUGGUCAGUCACCCGGAGGAAGUGGUCGAAGUGCUGUUGGAGGCUGCCAAGCGUGGGUUGCAACCAUGA